AUGCGUAUACCCUUCACUCAUAUUGAAGUGUCUGGAUGUCUUGUAGUGAGGUUAGCAAAGUUGGUAAUUGACAAAGUUCUAACAGCACCUUGUGAGACCAGAGUUCUAUAUCCCAAAAGUGGGGGAAAUCUACAUUGUUUCACAGCAGUCACCCCUUGUGCCGUGCUUGAUAUUCUCACACCUCCAUAUUUGGAGGAUGCAGGCAGAAAAUGCACGUAUUAUCAUGACUAUCCAUAUUCAAGUUUUCCUACAAAAGAAGCUAUAGAUGAUGGAAAAGAAGAGGAAUAUGCAUGGCUUGCGGAGAUAGAAGCGCCAAAUGUCCAAAUGCGUCCUGGAAUCUAUGCUGGUCCUUCUCUUCUGGAGUAA